AUGAUGAAAUAUGAGCGUACAACAUUUGAGGAUGGAGACACGGAUCCUGGGGAUGCGGGUAGUAUGGGUAGUCUGGAACAGGCGAACGUUGUAUCGCAACAAACGCAACCCCCAGACGUGACUUUCAGGGCUUCAUCGAAUCAGACAUCGUCUUGUGUGUCAAUGUGGAAGAAUUUAUCAAAUCUAGAAAGAUUAUUGUUUAUAUUUUGUGCCAUUCUUCUCGUAACUGUUCUUGUGUUGGUUUUAGUUGUCGCCAAACGCAAACCCACAGGAGUCGCGUGCGUGACUGUAGCAAGUAGUUUACUCAAUUCCAUGGAUACAAGCAUCGAUCCAUGUGAUGAUUUUUACCAGUAUGCCUGCGGAGGCUGGAUCAAAUCACAUCCUAUACCUGAUGGAAAUUCACGGUGGAGUACAUUUGGUGUCCUAUGGCAGGAAAAUCAGCUCGUCAUGAAAAACGCUCUAGAAAAACCUUUGAAUGAAUCUUUAAAUGAAGCAGAAAUAAAAGCCAAGGUGUACUACCAGUCAUGCAUGGAUAAGAAGAAGUUUGUAGAAAAACUGAAAGCAAAGCCGCUCUUAGAAGCCAUCAAGCUGGUUGGUGGAUGGAGUGUAACCGGUAAAUGGAACGAGUCUCAGUACGAUUUUGAUAUGACGUUAACUAAGUUACAAAGUGAGUUUGAUGUUCAACCAUUUUACGGACUGUGGGUAGGAACAGAUGAUAAACAAUCCUCGAAGAAUAUAAUACAGAUUGAUCAAUCAGGGCUUGGAUUACCUAACAGGGACUACUAUCUGAAUAAGAAUGACUCUGAUCCUAUUCUCACAGCCUACCUGGAAUACAUGACAACGUUGACCGUGUUGCUAGGAGCCGAAGAAAAUGAAACACGUUCGCUAAUGGUAGAAGUACUUGAAUUUGAAAAAGAUUUAGCUAAUAUAACAGUGCCAAGUGACCAAAGAAGAGAUGAAGAAACACUUUAUCAUAGAAUAAAGCUUAAAGAUCUAUUCAAGAAAGCCCCUGCAUUUAAAUGGCUGAAGAAUAUAAAAAGUUUGUUUGAGAAAGCAGAUGUGACAGACAUCACCGAGGACGAAGACAUCAUCCUCUAUUGCCCGGAUUAUAUUGAACAAGUGUCAGAUUUGAUACUGAAGACUCCUAAGAUAGUUAUUAAUAACUACAUGCUUUGGAAAUUGGUGACUAGAUUGUCGCCAUUUCUAAACCAAGAUUUCCGAGACGCAGCGGCUGCUUUAGCUGAAGUGCUAUACGGUGCCAGCAGUAAAACCGAUUUAUGGCGAUUCUGCGUGACCGACACUGAUGGAUCAGUUGGCAUGGCACUGGGGGAGAUGUUUGUGAGGGAAGCAUUCGAUGGCAAUAGCAAAGAAACUGCUGAUGCAGUGGUGGAUAUGAUUGGUUUUCCAAAUUAUAUUUUAGAUUCAAGCAAGUUGAAUGAAAGAUACAAGGGACUGGAGUUUAACGCUGAUGAAUACUUUGCCAACAAUCUGCGACUUGUCAAGUUUGAUCUAAAAAGAAGUCAUGAAAAGCUACGUAAGCCAGUGAACCGUACACGAUGGGAGAUGACACCUCCAACUGUCAAUGCUUACUACACACCAACAAAGAAUGAGAUCGUAUUUCCGGCAGGAAUACUACAAACCCCAUUCUAUGAUAAGGAAUAUCCAAGAUAUUUAAAUUACGGUGGAAUAGGCAUGGUGAUUGGUCAUGAACUCACCCACGGAUUUGACGAUAAAGGUCAUCUGUACGAUAAGAAUGGUUUGCUACAAAAGUCCUGGUGGAGUAAUGAAACUGAGGCUAAAUUUAAACAAAAAUCGCAGUGCAUUGUGGAUCAGUACAGCCAAUACAUAAUGAAAGAAUGUAACAUGACAGUCAAUGGACUGCAGACAAAGGGUGAAAACAUAGCAGACAAUGGAGGUGUGAAAGAAGCUUAUAACGCAUAUCGGAACUGGAGACAAAAAAAUGGAGUGAUCGAACCCACUUUGAGGUUACCUGCAGUGAAUCUGACUCAGGAUCAGCUGUUUUUCUUAAACUAUGCACAGAUUUGGUGCAGUGUAUUCACCGCCGAGGGCGCUCGUCAGAAGAUUUUGACUCGUAGACACAGUCCGGGGGAAUACAGGGUCAUCGGAGCGUUGUCCAACUCCCCAGAUUUCUCUCGUGUGUAUGGAUGUCCAACUGGAACCAGAAUGAACCCGGCAAACAAGUGCCAGGUCUGGUAA